CUCGAUUUCAACACUUCGACGCCAUCUCUGUAGCCUUACAGCUUACAGGAAGCAUUUCUUGGAGCUUCGCAAACAUCCAAUCUUUCACUGAACAAUGUGAAGCUCCUCCCGAAUAGGCUCAAAACUCCCCGCCCUGCCAAUGAGUCCACCUCCAAGCUAUGAACAAUGACUCUACACCAAACGACCUGCCCAGCUCUGCGCCAGCGACGUCAACAGAACCCGCCGCAGGCGCAAGUGAGAGUGUCACUGCCGGCGCUGUCGACGAUACUGCUGUGAGAAGCCAAGAUGUACAGCCAGAAUCGCCCACGAAGAAGAGAGCUCUGGCGCAGACGAAGAAGAAGUUCGAGUUUAUCAAUAAUCUUACCUUACACCUCGACAUCCUGAUCUAUGCCGAGCUUUGUAUAUUAUACUACAUGGACUGCUCACUCUUCCGUCUCCUCCUCCGGGCUGUCAAUCAAAUGAUGUUCCUGUCUCCCAAACCGAAAUUCAUCCCAGCAGCUCCUCAACACCGCCCGUAUAUCGGAGCAAUCUUCGGGCCUAACAUCCUCUGUAUCCUUCUACACGUGUUUACUGCUCGUUCGGAAGCAGGAGAAGCUAUGCGAGGCUACCUCCAUGGAGGGGUAAUCAUAGAUCUCAUUGGGCAGAAGGGGCCGACCUCCAAAUUCCACUUGGUAUUACUGGAUCUGCUAGUAUUGGGUCUGCAAUGUUUUAUGCUGGCUGUGCAUGUGGAGAGGGAGAGACUAUCGGCAGUGAAUGACGCGCUUACAUCGACUGUUCCUACGGCUGCUACGGAUGUUCCAAGGGAAGCGGUUGUCUCAGCACAGAAUCUUGAUGCGGAAGAGAGGGGCGAGAUGGGAGAAGGUAUUGUUACAACUGAAGGAGAUAUGGAAAUGCAACCUAUGAUACCACAAACCGACGAGCAAUCAUCGUCGAGAAACGAGGUUGACGAAGAAAGAAACGAAGAACGAGAACGGCUACUUGCUGAACCGCCUGCUCCACAAGAGGAUGACGAUGAUACUACUUUGGACAUUCUUUGGUCUGGGUCAACCAUUGUGGCUGACUUCCAUGUUAUACACAAUCUGAGAAGACAAUGGGCUGAUUACGGAAAUGCCACCGAGAGCGCGAUACAGACUGUAGGAUUCUCGGCUGAGUUUGCAGCUGUUACAGCAAGUCAUCGCAUGAAUGUAGCCAGUGCCCGUUUUCAACGAGACGUAGAGUCCCUUGGGAAUUGAGAUACCCAAAUUUGUAUAGUAGUCGUCCAAUGCAAAAGUGCACACAACAUUUCGACCGGGGUUUUGUUGGCUUUCGAAAUUGUAGCAUUAUGUUAUCUUCCUGCCUACAUUCCCUACGCCAGCUCCUUUGAUACUUACAAUUAUAUCCCCAGUCUCAUCCUCUUCAGCAUCCCUCAAGCCCCAACUACUCGCACCAAACUUCUUCAAGUCCCUUCCCAGUCCUACAAAGUCUUCAGUUCCCACGACGUCCCUCCCCAGCCUGACUCUACCCACGUCUUCAGAACCCAUAGCCAUCAGCGUCAGUAUUGUCGGCGCUCCGACUCUCGUGAAGCAGCCUCCUUGUGAAAUAACCUCCAGCAACUGGUAGGCACAUUGCUUACCCACGUCCUCUGGCGUAACACCUCCCUCGCUGGGCGCAGGAACAUCCGCCGAAUAUAUGACACCCUGUGCGCUCGUCUCCGCAAUCAGGCUUAAUCCAAAUCCAAUUCCCGUCCUCUUCUUUCCGCCAGGAUUCGAGCGAUCACCACUCGACACUAACGGCGCCUGGUCAUACUGAGCAGCCACAUGUAUGUCACUGACCAGCGGAUUUAGCACACCUCUUGCGGCAUGAAUCAUUCUUGCGUUAUUACUCGCAGAAACACCAGUGCAGUAUGCGACUCCCCGUACCCUCUUUACACGCCCUGGACUUCGGUUCAUAUGCAGCGUCUUGGGUAAUCUGAUCUGGCUUCCAAAUCGUAGCUCGACUAUGCCUCCACCACCUUUGCCUCCUGCGCCUGUACAUGAUCGCUGUAGGACCCGGAGCUCGAGUUUGCUGGCCAUGACGCCGAAGGUCUCGUAUAGAGGCAGGAUAGCGGUUCGUAGUGUAUCGACGCUCACGUCGCCGGUCUCAGUGGCACUGGUUAUGACACCCUCCCCUUCAAAUCGUACGUUUAUCGGUGCUUUCGAGAACGGUGCCAGCAUGCAAAGAGGCAGAAGGAACCAGCUCACGCCGCGCCGGCAGGUAUCUGGCAAGACGCACUUCACCACAUCUGAGCCCCCAGUUGAUAUGCUGCCCGUUAUCAAUCCGGGAUUGUAUAUGAGUUUUGUACCCGUGUACGAGAUCUGCAUUGUUGUGCCAUUGGUGAUGCUGUCUAGGAGCCGGAGAAAGGAAAUCUCAUGUGGCGCGAGACCUGGGUUGGUUGGUGAAGAAGACCGGAUGUUGGAGAUGGCUACAGGCCGGCCAGUCAAUGUCGAGAGGACAAGGCGGUGAGUUAAGGAUUUGUGAGAUGUAAAGCGCAGGUAUUCGGGGGCAGGGGCUGCCAUUAUUGUUGCUCAGCGAGAUCUAACGGGCUGAGGAGUUUGGAUAAAUUUAUCGGGAGGUUGGCAGAAUUUUACUAGCCGUGGCUGCUUCAGCACACCGCCUCACGAAGUUCCAAUGCUUCAAGAAC